AUAUACAAUUCUGAUAGGUAUUAUGCAAAUUUUAGACAAGAUAAAGCUUGCUAAUAAUUUAUCAUUUUCGGGUCAUUUACCUGAUGAGAUGGGUGAACCCUCCCAUCUAUCCUUAUAUAUGGAAGUUAGUUGUUGGUGACAGGACUGACGUGGAUAGUUAUAGAGGCUCUUUCGAAGAUUGGUGCAUUCUCGAUACUUUUGCGCUUUACCUUGAGCAGCUCCACGAUCUCCCGAAGGAGUUCCAUCGCAAAGACAUGCCGAAGGGAGCACUGUCCAUUGCCACGAUUGCGGUUGAACGCGCUUGGAAGAUGUGGUCCACCGGUGUCUAUGUGAAACCCAAGAGACCUGCAGAGUCUCAAUUUGCAGAGGGUCUUUGGAGUGACCGCACUGAACUCGUGAUGGAGUCUCUAGAACAAACUACCCACCGCAAAUGGAAGAAGAUAUUUAAGGGUGCGAGGUCCUUUAUUGAUGUUCAUCAAAAGCGGUCAUCUCGUCACGCAAAGGCUCAGAGGAAGGUUGUAGGUGACAAUGGCCGCGCUAUUUGUGUCGAAGAAGAUUCGGGAAGCGAUUCAGGAUCUGAUGUUUCACUUAUGGGUUGA